AAUUUGAGGUAAUGCUUGAAGCAGAAGAUUUGGAAGGAGAUGUUGUUGUAUUUGAGCUUCUAGACAGUGAAAGUUUUCCUUUUGGAAACAUUUCAAUUACAGAAAAUCUGUUUCUGCAUAUUGCAUUGUGCUUUAAGUGUUACGGUGUAACCAACAUCCAGGUUAUUGUCAGUGAUAUACCAGAUUCUACAGAUAUCCCAUCAUCUCAGUCAUUGGCUAAUAUAACAAUAGAAGUUUUACAUGUUAAUAUUCCUCCAAACAUAGCUCUAUUUUCUUCUGAAAGAAUCUCACUUCUUUACGAUGAUCCAACAGAACAUGUCAUGAUAUACAAAGAUCAAGAUGGUGAAGAGAUUACAUUUAUUGUUGGUACUUUUAUAGCAUUUGAACUUGAUGAAUCCCAGAAUGUUACAAUACUUUCAAACACAAGUGGCAUCGGAGAAUUUGAUUUGUACUAUCUCAGUAGAGAGACAUUACUUGAAUACACUGGCUGUACUGACUUCAUGUGUUUUGAAUGGGAUACCACCUCUCCAGCUGUUGAUAUGACCUGGCAAGCAAUUGUCAUUACAUUUACGCUCUUCAAUACAACAUCUACAGGGAUUGGUGAGCUGAUAAUGGUUGCCCAAGAUGAUAACGGGACAUAUUCCGAUGUGAUAACAGUUGCUGUAGUGAUCAUGGAAAAUAAAUGUGCACAUGGCACAUGUAAAAGCAAGAAUCCAUUGGAGUACACAUGUGAUGAUAUCAUAAGAAUAGACAACUUUGACCAGCAUUAUACAUGUGACUGCCCUAUUGCAUGGCAAGGACCCUACUGUGAAUAUGAUGUGGACGAAUGCAGUCUUGGUCUGUGUGAUAAACCGAAACACUGUGAAAAUACCAAUGGCAGCUUUAACUGUUUCUGUGAAUCCAGUGACAUUAUUUGUCUUAUGUCAUUUGAAGUUUGGCAGUUUGCUAUGUUAGUAAUUGGUGUUGCUGUGGUGAUUGCUAUUAUUUUCAUCUUUUUGUUCAGGAAAAAGAUUACACAGAACUGCAACAGACAAAAUCGGGUUAUGCAGUAUGAGGAUGAAAAUGGAGACAACCUAGGAAAUGCACAAUUACUUAAUGAAAGGAAUGAACCUGCUCGGAGAAUGUUUGAUACAUCUCUACUAAGACAGCCUAUACAAAUAGCAUUAAUGGAUGAUGAGGAUGCACCUCUCCCACCUAUAGGCUUUAUGAAUAAAAUGGAAAAGUACGAAGGGGAGAGAGAUCAUCCAAGUCCAGCAGAUAUUGAAGAGAGAUCAAACCUUUAUAAAAGUUUGACUGGGACGACAGGGCCAACAACAGUGGAUGAUUCGGAAGAAGAUACAAAGCAGGAUAAUUUGGGAGAAGAUAUAAAACAGUUACCAAGUAUCUCAGAGGUGGUUGUUGAACCAGUUGACAGUAGACCUGCAAGUAGUACAAUACAAUCUAGAAUGGAUAGAGUGUUAACAAUAUCUGAUAUAACCACAACAACAAGUCCAUGGAACUUGGGAGAAGAUUAAAAGAUCAUUGAUAAAUAUGGACACUUUCUAUGACAUUAUUAUAUUGAUUAAUGAUAUUUCAUUUGUUGACCCUUCAGAUAAUAAUUAUAUUGGUUGAUAAUAAUAUUUCCAUGCUGGACAUGAUAAUUUUGUUGAUUAAUGAUAAUUUUUAACUUGUCAAUAUUUCAGUGAUGUUUAAUUGAUAGACAAAAACUUCAGAUAAUAAUUAUUAUAUUCUAUAUAUGGACACAUCAGGUGAUAAUUGGAUGAUAAUCGAUAAUAAUAUUUUGUACAUAUGGACAGUUUAUUGGACACUUCUGAUGAUGAUUAAAUUAAAUUAAUGGUUAUAAUUCACAUAUACAUGUAGACACUUCAGUUGAUGAUUAAAUUGAUGAAGGAUAAUUGUUCAUAUAUUGCUACUUUUGAAAAUGCUUAUUUACAUUGUAUUAUGCUUUAUUUUUCUUUAAAGAAUUUGUGAUUUAGAAAACUUUUUUAGUUUAAAAACUUUUUCAGUUUUUGUUUAAUUUGUAGUUUUUUUCCUUCUAACUGCAUUCUAAAUGUAUGUCACUUAAUUGGCAUUUUAUUUACAGCAUUUCAUUACGUUUUUACAUGUAGCUUUGACUUUAAAAAGAUACUACUGCAUAGCAUAGUUUUUACUGUUUGAAUUAAUACACAAUAUAAGAAAUCAUUACUGAAAGUUGAAAUCUUUACAAACCAGUAUUCAAAGAAAAAAGAAAGAAAAAAAGAGAAAAUAUGAAUAAGGAGAUAAUCAAUGAUUUAAUGACUAUUUUCCUCUUUUCUUCUUCUUCUUUUUCUCUAUUUAUAAAAAAACAUUUAGAAUAUAAAAGUGUAUAUGUUUGUCAAAACAACAUCUGAAAGCAUCUUCCAGUGUAGCCUUUAUUAAUUUUAUAUAUUAAACCUGAAACAUAAUAUAAUCUCCAUAGUUAAGUGACAAGUUUUUUUUUGUUUUUUUUUUAUUCUGUUAAUUUAUUAAUUGGUGAUGAAAUUAUCUACAGGUUCAGUGAGCCAAUGUGUUUUUACCUUUAUAUGUUAUAUGUUUUCUUAAUUAACAAUCUUCUAGUUGCAUGCUUUAAUAUUAUUUUAACUAAUGUAUUUUUAUUUAUUUUAACUUUCAUUUUCUUGAUUAUUUUUAACUAUUGUUUCUAUCAUUUAAUGACCAAUAUUAAUUUGUAAUGUGGUUCUUAGUUAGUAAUAAAGAAAAAAGGAUGAA